CCUUGUGGUUUUCUAUUUAACUUCUAUGCUUUUCCUGCUGGAGCAGAGUGUGUGUUGUUCUCAGAGCAAAAGAAAAAGACAGUUACUUACGAGGUACAGAGCAGAACUCCUGUUGGUGAAGCAGACCUGGCUUCUUUCCUUUCUCUCUCAUUUAUCUACUCCGGGUGUGAUUUAUUCUGAGAGCCUGCCAUACAAUUUACUGUCUUAAAAAAUAACUGCAUACCAAACAAAACGCAGUUAAUUCCUGAAUUGUGGCAUGGUCAUGCUGUGUGACCCAGAUUGGGUUUGAACUUCGAAUAUUCCUACUUCCACUCCCCAGUGCCUCAAUUGGCAUUGCUAAAGAUGAAUUUUGAUUCCAUUCAUCGAUUAAUUGAGGAAACGCAAAUCUUCCAGAUGCAGCAGUCAACCGUUAAAAGUCGCUGUGAAGUGGCACCACCUGCGUCUUCACCUCAAGAUGUCUGUAGUUCUUUCUUGCCGAUCCAUGGAGUAGCACCUCCCCAUGCCCACAAUACGGGGGUUCCCUCAUUUACCACCAACAAAUGGGAUAUCUGUGAAGAACUUCGCCUGAGGGAACUGGACGAAGUAAAGGCCAGAGCAGCUCAGAUGGAAAAGACCAUGAGAUGGUGGUCAGACUGUACUGCCAACUGGAGGGAAAAGUGGAGCAAAGUUCGAGCUGAAAGAAACAGUGCCAGGGAGGAAGGAAGACAACUGAGACUGCAGUUGGAAAUGGCAAUGAAAGAAUUAAGUGCACUGAAAAAACAGCAGAGCCCGUGGCCUCAGAAGGAGGUCGCAGAAGGCAGUACCACUCAGGACCUGGAGCUUCCUAGUGGCUCCAAUGUGUCCUAUGAACACAGAGACCAUUUUCAACAUCAUUCACACAUGGGUGAAUCUGCCAGAGAAGGUUUGAUGAGAAAACAGUUCCCUGAAGAGCAGAAUACACCUAGUAAGGAAAACUGUGUGGACAUUUAUCCACCAAGAAUAAAAGAGGAGAUAAAGUCCAACCUAGACUGUAUGGAUUUGUGCAAGAAUGGUGGUUUUAGAACCCAUAACCAGACUCCUAGGCUAAAGCAGCAGGCAGGGCAUCUGCCCUUGUUGAAGGAAGUGACUGAAACUCCAGCUGUGCAGGUGCAUUUGUUUGAGUUUCAAAAAAUCUUAUGGAAGGAAAGAGAAAUUCGUGCAGCAUUGGAAAAAGAAAUAGAGCAACUGGAGUCAGCCUUGUCUCUAUGGAAAUGGAAGUACGAAGAGCUGGAAAGAUCAAAGGUUGACAUUUGUGAUCAACAUGAAAAUGAAAAUGAAGGAACAUCAGGAAAUGUACAAGAGGAAUCUAAACCUCAGAAGAGCAAGGAUGGAGUCAUCCAUGAAGUAAGAGCAGAGCAAAAGAAACUGCAGGCUGAAAAUACCUUGGAAUGGAACACAAGAGAAUUACUUGAAACAGAAAAACAAAAACUAGAGAAAGAAAAUAGAAAGUUAAAGUUUCAGAUUAAAGAAAUGGAACGGCUUCUGGAAAGGCAACAUCGAUCAAGUACAAACCUUCAACAUCCUGAUUUCAAGGCAUCACAAAUGGAACUGGAAGAAAAGAGGAAACCCAGGGAUCACUACGCACUUCCUGUUCCUCCUUCUAAGAUGCCUGGCAAUUGUGAUGACUGAUGGACUUGUUUUUGAUGCUUUUAUUGACCAUUUUUGUAUCUUUGUUGCAAAAAUACAUAUGUAAGACUUCUGUCAUUUACAAUCAGGUUGUUUGUAUUUUCAUUGUUGAACUUUAAUAAUUCUUCAUAAUAUCUAGUCAUGAAAUGUUUAUAGCAUAUACGAUUUGUCAACACUUUGUUAUAUUCUUAUUUUCUCAAUUGUGUCUUUUCACUAAGAAUUAUUUUAAAUUUUCAGGUAUUCUAAUUUGUCUCUUUUCCAUUUUUGGUGCUUUGGGUAGCAUUACCCAGAAUCCAUUGUUAUGUUAAAGGUUAUUUAUUUUAUUUUUUCCUAAGAAUUUUAGUUUUAUCCAUCAUAUUUGGUCAUGCACUUCAGUUAAUUUUUAUGUAGAAAGUAGGACAAGGGUCAAGUUCAGUUUGUCAUUUUUCAUAUCCCUGUCUGGUUGCUAUGGCAUCGUUUCUUUUGCCACUGCAUAAGUUUGGCACUCUUGGCACACUUGUGAAAAAUCAAUUUUCCAUAGAUGUGUUGAUUUAUUUCAGGACUUUGAAUUCUAUUGCAAUGUCUAGAUGUUUAUGGUAUAUAUUUUUACUACUUGUUCUUUUGUUGAAAAUUUUGAAAUAAGGAAAUGUGUGUGUUCCACUUUUGUCCUUUGUUUUUUAAAUUUCAUUGUGGAUAUUCAUGACUUGCUGAAAUCCCACAUAAAUUUUAGAAUCAGCAUUGGCAUUUAUCUUUAAGAAAUGCUAUUCAGACUUUUAUAGUGACUUCGCUGAAUCUGUGGAUAGCUUUUAGGUGUCAUGGCAUUUUAACAAUGCCUUGUGUUCUUGUUUAUAAACAUAGAAUGUCGUUCCAUUUAUUUGUGUCCUAUUUCAACAAUGUAUUAUGGUUUUAGAAUAUAAAUCAUUCAUAUAUUUGGUUAGAUUCAUUUUUACAUCUUCUCUUUAUUUGGAUGGUCUUGGAAAUAUAAUUUAUUUUCUUUAUUUCAUCCUUAUAUUUUUCGUUACUCAGACAUGAAAGCUAGACUAACCUUUAUAUGUUCAUCUUAUUCCUAUAAGUUGGCUGAAUUUAUUACCUCUACCAUUGGUUGUCUGGUUUUGGAGAUUCUUUGGGGUUUUCUAUAUCUUGGAUUAUGAUAUCAGCCAAUGGGACACCUUUUCCUUUCUACUUUGCAAUUCAGAUAUCUUUUACUUAUUUUUCUUGCCUAAAGUUUGUGGCUAAACUUUAGGUACAUUGAUGAUUGACGAUGAUAGAAACAAAGAUCCUAGUGCUGUUCCUGAUCUGAGGGAAAGCUUUAAUGCUCUGACCACUCUUCAUUAGGAAAGCUGUGGGGCUUUUAUCUGAUGUCUGUUAUGUGAAGGAAAUUUCACAUGCUGAUUUUUUUCUUUUUUCUUAGAUUUAUACAGGAUUAUGUCUAUGAAUGUUUUACCUAUAUGUGUGUAUCUGUACCACCUGUAUGUCUGGUGCCCAUGGAGGCCAGAAGAGAGAGCCAGAUAUCAAGGAACUUGAAUUCCAGAAGGUUAUGAGCCCCAUGUGAAUGCUGAGAACCCAACCGCGGACUACCACAAGAGCACCAAGUGCUCCUAACCACUGAAUUAUUUCUCCAGCCCAUUUCUUCUUACUUUAUUGAAUGAAUUUUUUGUUCAUGAUGAUAGGUGGAAUUUUGUUAAGUGCAUUUUCUAUGUCAAUUGAAAUGAAUUAAACCUAGGGCCUGUACAUGUCAAGCGAGCCCUCAUUCCCUGAGUUAUAAUCCCACACAAAACUGCUGUGUUAUGUUAUAUAUUUAUAUUUCAAAAUAUUGUAGCAUUCUAAGAUGAAUCCUUGCUCACACUGUAUAAUUCUCUUAAAAUGCUGCUGGAAUUAUUUAGCAAACAUUGCUUAGGAUAUUCACAUCUGUAUUAAUAUAUUCAUUUAUAUUCAUGACAGAUAUUAACCUGCAAUCUUUUUUAGAUUGUCUUAUUUGGGAUUAGGUCAGAGUGAUGUUUGGCAUUAAGGGACAAGUUAAAAUGCCACAAUAAUUUAUUAUGGCAAUUAUACCCCCCUUGUAUUGUGCAUACAGUGAUUGUUUAGAUCUGUAGAACUUUGACUGCUUUUCCAUGUUCUGGCUUUUUUUCUCUUAAUUUUUCAGUUUCAGUGCACAGUUUUAGCUACCCAUAUACAUUUAUUUCUAGUAUUUCAUACUCCAUAACACAUAAUACUGAUUUUAGGAUAUACAGGCUAAAUACUACUAAAGCCUAUGAAUACACUGGCUGAUUUAGACAUUUCCAGUAGCAUGUAUUUUAACUGAAAUUUUAGUUAAAUACCAUUGUCUUUUAACGUAUUUCCUCUUACUUCUAAAGUACCUAGUAUCCUACAAUAAUCAUAAAUUCUUACUAUAGAAAUCAGCAUAUUCAUUUUGUCUUAUUAAAUUAAAAUAUUAUUAAUGCCUUUUUAAAAGAGUUACUAAAGUAAACCUGGUGUGGUGAUGCAUACCUUUGAUCCAAGCACUAAGUGGGAGAGGCAGACAGCGUAUUUACACAGAGAGUUCUAGGCCAGCAGGGUGAGAGGAAGACCUUGUUUCAAAACAAAUAAACAAGCAAGCAAACAAGCAAACAGAAAUAUUGCUACAAUAAUGGAAAACAUUUAACAUGAAAUGAUACUCAUAUUUUGAAUGCAUAUAUAAUUUAUAUAAUGCAUUUUACUUAACCAUUCCUAUGGUGCAACUAACCUUGAAAUUUUAACUCUGUGGAAUAAGUAAAUUUCAUACAAACAUUGUUUAUUUUUGGCUACUUGUCACUAAAAAUUAAGUAAUGAUUCUUAAGUAUGAUUGCUUAAAUUGGAACAGUCAUGGCUAAUUUUGCCACAUUGUUUUUGCUCUAUUUUUUGAUAGCUCUAUAGGAUUUGGUUACUCAUCUUCUUUGCUGGGACAAAAUAGCCCACAGAAGCAACUUAAAGAAAGAUUUUAUUUUAGAUCAUACUUUAAAAGAGGAUACAGUCUACUAUGUCAGGAAAUCAAGGUGGUGGGACCAUGAAACAGAUGGCCAAAUUAUAUCUGCAUUCAAA